GAACUUUUGCGUAUUUCCGGUAGAUUUACGCUUGUUUUUUCCCUUCGCGCAUGGUCGGGGACUUGUGUAAAUGUCGGACUUCGGGUGCCGUGUAAUCUGACUGCACACUUCAGCCGUCGAGUUUGUGUGAGGAAACAUUGGCAAAGGAAUAAAGCUGGAACUGGAAGACGGUGACCCGCCCCAGACCUCCAGGAUGGAGGCAGUGCUGCCAGAGGUCCAUCUGACAAACACCGGAGAAACCAGUCUCGGUUCCCUAAUGUGCAAGCGGGAGAGGUCACGCUUCGAUACGUCGCUGGGUAUCUUGACCCGGAAGUUUGCAGAACUCCUGAGGUGCUCCACCGAUGGGGUUUUGGAUUUAAACGUAGUGUGUCGGGAACUUGGCGCCUCUAAGAGGCGCAUCUAUGAUAUCACAAACGUCCUUGAAGGGAUCCAGCUCAUCAAAAAGAAGUCUAAAAACCACAUCCAGUGGUGGGGCGGACAACUGAGUGAAGACUAUCAGCCUGUGCUAAAGGCUCUUGGCGAGGAGGAGAGGAAGCUGGACGAGCUGAUCCAAAGCUGUACGGAGCAGAUUCAUGAGCUGUGUGAGGACUGCCACAGUCACAGAUACGCCUAUUUGACUUACAAGGAUAUCUAUAGGAUUCCCACUCUGAAAGAUCAGACUGUGAUCGUGAUCAAAGCCCCCGCAGAGACUCAACUCGUAGUGCCACACCCAGACGAGAGCCUGCAGAUCCACCUCAGCAGCACUCAGGGACCCAUUGAUGUGUUCAUGUGCUCCGAUGAGCCCCUCCCCAUCGAAGCCACAGGUUAUUCAGCUGCUGACGAGGGCAGUGGAAGUUAUUUAAAUGACAGCGACUCCAUGCUCGAUUUGCCCUUCGCGGCCUUCGCUCAGUCUUCCAGAGGUGAGUCUUGUGUUUGAGCGUCCUGUCGCUCUGGUGCCACAGAGGACGAGGAAACGACGUAUCCCCGUAACCGCGUUGCUGUCACAGGAGCCUUGAACGGUACUGUGCCCAGCUCCAACUCUGGUUUGAGAUUUUUGGGUGAUUUUGAUCACUUUCUUCCUCACCGGUGUCUCCUCAUUCACACUCCCGUGUCAUUCCAGAAAACGCUAACAGCAGUUGUGGAAUUGAUAAUCUCUCAAAGCUUCAGUCUGAGCCGACACAGCAGCGCUCUCCUAUGCCCUCCACUCUCACCUCCCCCCAGCCCCCCUCUGAGUGCAGUUUUGUUGCUCUCAGUCCCCCUGUGGCCUUCUCUCACAAUGAGGAGGGCUGCUUUGUGAGCGUGGCUGACGGGGAGGGCAUCACUGACCUCUUCUCCUCUGUCGACUUGGACCAGUUGCCUCUGGAUAUUCCGCUUCUCUGAACAGAUAUGAAGGAAUAAAUGGAAUUUCCAUGUAAAUGGGAUAUUAACGGGAUCCAAUAAACUAGUUGAAGGAGCCAAACUAGUGAAGGAGACUUCCAUGUAAUUCCAUUGCCAUCCAGGCCUCUUUUCUUCUCUUUUGGACUGGAGCUGACACACACUCUGAGGCAGGUUGUUUCUGUUUUUGAGGCCUUUUUGACAGCUCUUCUCCACAAUGUCAGUAUUUCAGUGUCAACAAAAAGGACUGAUUUGAACCCAGAGCUUUGUCAGUUACAGGGACACUGUGAACUGGUCUGGAGAGGUGACGUACACCAAAGGUUUAGAAGUCUGUCCAAAGUCAUUCAUUAGACUCUUGCUGCUUGUGUUGGAGCUCUGUGAUGACAAACAGCUGCAGAUAGCAUUCGUACACAACUGUUUGAUGAACAUUGUUGUGCUUUAUUACUGAUUCACUCGACUUGUUGGAGACACUAAUGCAGAUUUGUCUUAGUUACAGCUGGUCUUGUAUUACCUUGCAGUGAUGCGUUUAAAGCAAACCUGUCCAUUAUUUGGCCUUCUCCCAUCCAGGUUUUUCAUUUCAGAUGCCUUAAGUCAGGACGAUUUAUCGGUCCAGGCACGUGCUCUCAUUGCCCUCAGAUUUAUCGUAUUGCAUCGAGGUCAUUUGAAUCGUCUCGAUGUGCAGUUUAAGACUGAGUUUGCGGCUCAGCGUGACGGAAUAAAGAUUUUGGCUAUGAAGCCGUUUGUGAUGACAUAACAAAGUAACAGGUGAAUGUUGAUUGGUUAGGCUAUGACCAAUGACUGUUAAGGUUUACUGAUGUGUUGGAACAGUGCAUUACUCUGUGCUACUUAGACUGAACGCCUCAUAGCACAGUGUGCUAUAAGCCCAUGUUGGCUUUUCUCAGGGUUCCAGUAGCUUUUACACCUGGUGCAAUUUCAUAAGUUAAAGGCUGAUUCAUACACAGUAUUUACCAAAGCCCCACUGAUGUAGGAUGACUAAGACCUAAACUGAUAUCUGGCAAUUUAAAAAUCCAACUUAUAAGCAGCAAUAUUUAGCAUAACCACAUUUCCAUAAGAUUUGGCACAUGUAGUUUAAAAGCACUCUAACUGGAGGUGCUCAGAUCAGCUGCUUGUUGUCUGUGGUGUAACAAACAGGUGUUGCUUACCGAGAAGUCACAGAGGAGUGAUCUCUGAACUAAAAGUUUGCAACAUCAACACUCAAAAUAUGCUCUACAGCCAUGUCUUCUUUCCACUUUUCAACUUUAAUGCGCGAUUAGGAAUGCUGAUAUCGGCUGAUAUCUGUCGGGCUCUGGUAUUUACAAUGUUGUCCAGAGUUUGACAUGUACGAGAGCUUUGCUUUAAUAUUGAUCGCCAGUUUAAAAUGACACUAAUUAUGAUGGCGGACAUUUCAGCAGGUCACUUUCUCAGGUACCGCCGCGGCCUGUAUGCGCUCUCUUAGCUGUUAAGAGGAGCAGGAUUGUCUGAUGAUGACACGCUGAACCACUAAAAGCACCGAGGAGAGGCUCUACCAUUUAAAGCCCGUUCUUGUUUACAGAACAUUUUAAAUUGUGCCUUUUUCACGGCGCACACUUCAGCGAGGUUGUUCGGCGCCACUAAAAACAAACGCGUUGCAUUCGGGUGAACUGUUUUGUCAUCGUUCUCGGAGAAUGAAAGGGCUUCUGCUGAUGAAAGGACUGUAACACUAAACCCUUUUCAUGCUCACUUGAGCAUCUCUCAUGAACGCUCACCAGAAUUCUUGUCAUUUGUUGUCUGUAUCAAACUAGGACAGCGCCCGGCUCGAGUGGCUAAACUGCUGUAUUUACGAGGCAUUGAACGGCUAACCACUGUUGGCACUCAUAUCUGGUGUUCUGUAAUCCACAGAGUGGGCUAGUCUCUUCACGAUGUGUGUUAUGUUUGCUUGGCAGAGUCGGGAGGCUGUGAAAGGAAAAACUGUUUUCUGUGUUUUUAACAAUUCGACACUAAGAUCUAAUUGAAAGCUUCAGGUUUUUCCCCUCAUGUUAUUUUUACUGUUGUUCACGUAUUCGCAUCAGUUUUGUGUUCAGUUAGAUUCAUUCUCACUCGAGAGCCUCCUUUUACCACUGAUUCUGUCCCUCUUAUGCUCCUUUGUAGCCAGAAGACCUCUGCUGAGGGUCGCCUUCUCAUUUCUGUUAAAUAUUGUAUCAAAACUUGAAUAAAUUUGAACUCAUUUACUUAUUAAUAAA